AUGGAUGAGAAAAUUAAAGAUUCUUUUUUUGAUGAUCCUGAAACUACCACCUUCUGGAUUAAUAGUAGUCUACCCAGUUAAGAUUAAAUUUUACAUUUGCAAGAUUCUAUGUACAUCUAAAAAGAUUAAGAGUUUCACAAAUGCACCUUAGGUAUUUAGUAUCAUAACUUACUUUAUUUUAAACAAUAAACUGUUUAAAAAUGGGUUAAUUUGAACAAUUCUACAAUGGAAUACAUCAAACAUUAAACUGCAGGAGUGGGAAUUAGAAUUUCAAAACAUAAACAAUACUUCGAAUUCUUCGGAGAUGUUGAACCUUGGUAUAAUUAUUUGAGAUAAUACUGUGUAUAAAGAAAUUUUUCCUAAAGUUACACUUUGUUAAAGAAGAUAGGACAAGGAAAUUUUGCAGAAGUUUACAAGGCAACUAACAAAUUGGAUGGAGCUGAAUAUGCCAUCAAAUGCUUCAGAAAGAGUAAAUUGAAGGAGAAAAUUGAUAGAUUAUCAAUGAUCAAAGAAAUAUCAAUCAUGAAGAAAAUGUAACAUGAGUCUGUCAUUAAAUUAUACGAGGUUUAUGAAGGACCGGAGUGUUUGUACUUGGUUUUGGAAUAUUUGAGAGGUGGAGAAAUUUAUUAGUAUAUCAAGAAGUCACAUCCCUUUUCAGAAGAGAAAUGCUAAAAAUUAAUCUAUAGAAUAUUGAAAGCGGUUCAUUCAAUACAUGAAAAGGGAGUAUUACAUAGAGAUCUCAAACCUGAAAAUAUUAUGCUAAGAAACAAAGAUGAUCUUGAUAAUAUUUGCAUUGGAGAUUUUGGAUUGGCCGAUUAUUAUUCUCCAAAUGGUUAAUAUCUUUUUACUCGCUGUGGAACUCCAGGAUAUGUUGCCCCAGAAUUAUUAUAAGAUAAGCUCUAUGAUUAUAAAGUUGAUAUCUACAGCGUUGGAAUACUCAUGUUUAUUUUGAUUGCAGGUAAGUCACCAUUCGAUGGAAAAGACUAUGACGAUGUUGUGUUGAGAAACUACUAUGCUAAAGUUAAAUUUGAAGAUUGUAAAUUAAGCGAGGUUGGCAUGAAUCUCUUAAAAGGUUUAAUGAACAAAAACCCAAUCGAAAGAUUAAGUGCUGAAGAUGCUUUAAAUCAUCAAUGGUUUGUAAAAGAAAAUUCAAAUAAAUGUUCUUAAUUUAAAAUUCGGAAAUAGAACUAUGUUCUUAAGAAAUUGACUCAUGGUGAAUUAUAAAUCAAAAAGAGUUCUACUCUUUCUACAUAGUUUAGCCCUUAAAGUUCAAUAUCAAGUCUCAGUCCUUAUGGAAUAACCAAAUACAAUCUGGAUGAUAGUCCAAAAAGUCCUAACACUCCAAAUGCAUUGCAUCCCAGCUUAGCAUCCAAAAGUACUGGAAUGGCUUAAUUAAGACCAGUUCGACGUUCUUAAUUUACUUUAAAAUAAAUAUGA